AUGUCUGCCAAGAUCAAAAUCAAUGUCGUAUGGUUCAAGUGCACAGAUCUCCGGACUCACGAUCAUGCCGCCCUAAAGGCCGCACACAGUGCAGGUUUGCCGGUGCUGCAUCUUUACAUCUUCGAUCCCUUUUGGCACUCUGGCAAGACCAGGCUGUGUGGAUAUCCGAAAACAGGCACCAUUCGAAACCGGUUUCAGCUGGAAGCAGUCGAAGAUCUGGCUUCGAAGCUCUUAGCCAAGGGUCAUGUGUUGAACUUGCGUAGAAACAGUACAAAGGCCUGCUUCGAAGAGUUGUGUCAGGACUUCUCUGUUCAAGAGGUCUUUGCCUUCCGGGAGAUUUGCAGCGAGGAACUUCGCGUUGAGCGCGAGGUCAGGCAAGUCUUGGGAAGGCACCGCAGCUCUUUCUCCACUUUUUGGGGCUUCGAGCUUUACCAUCAUGACGAUCUGCGGUUUGAUCCACGAGCGCCGAGGGGGGCCUUCAACUCCUACACCGCGUUCAGGAAGCGAGUGGAAGAAGGUAGCUACGUUCGCCCCAGCCGCAACGAGCAUCCUGUGUUUCGCCCAGGUAGUGAUUCCGUAAGAUGGAAGAGAGCAGAGGCAGCGCCAAAGCUUUCAGAACUCAUGGGGUCUGAUAUGUCUGAUGCAGAUGAGGCAGCGCAGAAGGACCCACGCGCCGAACUGUGGUGGAGAGGCGGUGAGACAGCAGCUUUGGCUCGCGUAGAGCAGUUUUUGUGGGAGGAGGACUCCUUGGGCCUCGACUAUGUUGGAGCCACGAUGACGAUGGAUCCCUCGAAAAGCUGCAUGCGAGACAAAUCCAUGUCCAAGUUGUCUCCGUGGUUAGCCCAUGGAUGCUUAUCCCCUCGACUGCUGUACGAGGAGGUGAAGCGAUACGAGCGUGAACGAAGAAAAAACAAGUCUACGUAUUGGAUAAUCCAUGAGCUCCUCUGGCGUGAUUUCGUUCGUUUCGGAAGCAUUCAUGCUGGGACUUCGAUCUUCCGAAUUGGUGGCCCAAUGAACUUGAAACCUUCCUGGAACUGGAGCUCUGACAAAGAGAAGCUGGCGAAGUGGACCAGUGGAAACACGGGCUUUCCUUUCAUUGACUGCUUCAUGCGAGAGCUGAAGACCACCGGCUACUGCAACCACAUGGGCAGAGAAACGGCGGGAUGGUUUUUAAUAGCUGAUCUAGGACUUGACUGGCGCAUGGCGGCAGAGUGGUUUGAGUCUGUACUAAUCGACUACGAGCCCACGGCUAAUUGGUUCAAUUGGACAUAUCGCUGCUUGCCUGCUGCCAAGCAGAAGCGGUUGCCCGGUGAGUGCCUGGGUUCGCUUGAGAUCCUCAAAUGGGGCACACAGCAUGAUCCGGACGCGCUAUACAUCAAGCGCUGGAUCCCAGAACUGCAGUCGCUGCCUUCCACAGUUGCACGAGAACCCUGGCGACUGGGCCUUAAUGGACAAACGCCUUCCGCGGGUUCCACAGGCUUGAGACCAGCCCCAACGGGUCAAUUCAGUGUGUCUCGACAACCUUUGGAGGCUUUGGUCGCGAUGGGGUUCGACGAAAAGGAUGCUGCCAUUGCUUUAUUUCGCACGGGGGAGAAUCCCGAUGAAGCCGCCGCUCUCUUGCUGUCGUCUGGUCAUGAUGUAGACUGUCAGCAGGUGGAUGAUUCCGAGGAUGAGAAUAUGGCCCGUGCUGUGGCACUGUCCUUGCAAGGAGGGUCGCAAUCAUCUGGCACGAAAGCCGCGCGCACUGAAGCUCCAGUCUCGUUCGAAUAUGGCAGAGACUACCCCAAGCCAAUGAUUCAACCCGUGUCCCUCAUGCACACGGAGCAGGCGGAGGAGGAGGCUCGUCAGCAGCAGUCGAAGCGAGAUGCUCAAAUCGUUGCCGCAAAGAGGCACAAAAGCAGCUCUGGACAAGUCUUUCAAAGGAGUGAGUGGGAGCAAGCAAGGCAGCAAUGGCCUGCCGAGACCCCAACAAGUGCAAAGUCCCAUCAAGGAUAUGGCAGCUGGCAGAGACGAUCGCGCAGGGUAUGCCAGGAAGACAACACGACCAAGCAGCAUGCUGGAGAAAGCGGCUCAGCUACUCGCAGAUGGGGAGGUGCGGGAGGUCGUGCCAUUGGUGGCUAA